AUGAACGCACCUCCACCACCGCCGCCUCCUCAUGGCGAGAUGCCCAGGUCGUCGUCAGGGUUGCCACCUGGCAAGUAUGAUAUCUUUGUCAUUCCAGAGCACUCUGCUGGCUCUGGCUUCCUCUAUCUGCCAUCUCUCAAGCCCAAUAUCAACAGUUUCGUUGCUGGGUUUGCGUCAGCGCUCAUAUUGGUGGUCUUGUUUCAAAGCAUCACACCGGCAUUUCGAGUAUGGUGGGACAGCUUUCACGGCCUAGGAAAUAUGGCUAUGCUGAUGCUCCUGGUGGGCGUUGGCUUUGGUGCCUGGGCGCUGGGACGAACACAGAACGAUGCUGGCAACAACAACUCUGGGUCUAAGAAACGCGAACCCCCUAAUACAAAUGGAAAUGCUGGGACACAACCAGGAGGACAAGGUGGCUUUGAAAAUGGCCACUCUAGAGGCACAUCAAAUAGCUCUGCUCCUCCGCCACACUCACCACCUCCACCUCCACCUCCACCUCCAAAUGGCGGCGGUCCUGGUCCUGGUCCAUCUACGUGGGAUAGCGGCUCGCCGCCGAACUAUCAAUAUCAGAGCCAAACACCUCCUCCACCAAAGCCAAAACCGUCACCACAGCCCAAGUCCCCAAGACCGGAUGCUAAGGGCUCUUGGGAAAAGGCUCGAGAUGAGAUGAGAAAGAAGGAAGAAGAACGCAAAGCAAAAGCUGCAGAGCAAAAGAGGCGAGAAGAAAUAAGCAAACGACUUGCUGAACUACGGGCUAAGGAAGCCAAGGAACGCCUACAACGCGAAAAGGAUAAGGAAAAGAAAGAAAAGGAGAUUAAAGAGGCUGCGGAAAAGAAAGCUGCGGCUGCCGCAGCAGCAGCUACGGCAAAGGCAGCAGCAUCUACGCCUUCUACACCUGCUGCUCCCCCUCCUCGUGCACAGAGCAGCUAUGCAUACUCUGGAGUUGGAGAAAAGAUGAACAUGUGGCCAAACGGAAAACCACCUACGCCACCAACACAUACAAAUACUACACCAAAGAGUCCCGCAAGCCCGACGAAACGGCCGCCGGCGCCGACGGCGAGAACGUAUCUCAGCACGGACGAAGAUUCGUACUCUUAUAGACCGUAUGAUAAACCCAAACAGCCCCAGCGGAAAAAGUCUAACGGCUCGCUCGCGUCGGAUGUCUCUUGGGCGAACUCACACACAACGGCACGAACGUCACCCCCGCCAUCUGUCAGGGGACCCUAUACAACCAAAGAUCCCGACAAGAUUGUUAUUCAAGCUGUAUAUAUGUUUAUGAAUCAAUUUGCGAAAACGCCAGCCAGCCAGCUGAUUUCUGGCGUGGGAUCUGUCACCGAUGGUCUCAUCCUCCGCAUAACAACGGAAGGGUUGUUCAUCGACGACGAUGUACGCGGCGUUCCACAACGAGAAUGGGAUGUCAAGGGCUGGACUUUAAAGCUAGUCGAGACGGGCGAGUGGAAGACGAAGGGCCUGCAUCUGCUGCGCGCCACUGUCAAAGACCAAGACGGUAAGCGAUAUCUGUUUGUCAUUGACGAGACAGAGUACUGGAAGGUCGGCGCCAGCAUUCAGCGCCUGCGCCGCGGCACCCAGGCCCGUCAGCUGGGGGUGGCGGCCAUGACGGCUGCAGAGGCACGUACAACGCUAGAUACAUUGGGAUGGACGGAUUAA